AUGGGUGGCAAGCGGCUCACCAGCGGGGCGGGGCCGGACUUCAGCCAGCUCCACGAACUCCCGCUCCUGGCCUGCUUGGAGAGGGCGCCGAGCGUGCCCUCCUUCCUGCUGGAAGGGGCCCUCAAGCUCACCUCCAAGGGCCCCGUCGAACGCGUGUGCCGUCGGUGGCGGCGGCUGGCUCUGCAGCUGCCGGCCUCGCUGGAGCUCGACCUGUGUGAGCUGCACGAGCAGUUUGAUGAGGCUGACGAGGUGCAGGCGGCGCUCGACGAGGUGCUGCCUGCGCUGCGCCAGCGAGCGGUGCGCAAGCUGGAGCUCAAUGGCUGCACGUCUGUGCUGCCACGGCAGGCGCCCGCCCUGCUGGCCCGCGCCUUCUUCCCGCAGCUGCGCAGGCGAGCUCCCACGCAUGCGUGCUGCAAGCUGACGCUGGCCGGCGGCAGCCUGCCCCACUUCUCUUCCUACCUCUCCCACUGCCGCUGCCUGGAGAGCCUGGAGCUGAGGAUCCCGGACCUGGAGGAGGGAGGGAUGGAGCUGGUGGGCACUCACCUCAGCGGGCUGGAGCCUCAGCUGCGCCUGCUGUGCCUCUCUUUCAACGUCCCGCCGCGGCUGCUGCUGGCCUGCGUGGCGUCGCACGUGCGCCCCGCCGCCGUGGCGCUGAGCACCCACUCCGGGCCUUGCGCCUGGAUGUGGGUCCCGCAGCUGCGCGCCCUCAGUGUGUACCUGCGCGAUGGCGGCCUAGGCGGCGACUGCGCCAGACUGGGCCAGGGCAUCGCCGCCAUGCCCCAGCUGGAAAGCCUGACGGUACUGGACGUGCGGCCGCCCGCCUCGGCGCCGCCGUACGUGCUGCCCGGCCUGGCGGCGCUGCCGCGGCUGGCCAAGCUGUCAGUGCAGGGCAGCGUGCCGCGGGGGGCGUGGGAGUGCCCGCACCUCACCGCCCUGCUGUGCGCGGCGGUGUCCCGCCUGCACCUGCCCACCCACGCGGGCCCGCCCCAGCCGAGGCUGCGCUGCACGGGCCUGCGCCAGCUGCGCCUCGUGGACUGCAGCUUUGAGGCGGAGGCGAGCUUUCCGUCCACGCUGUGCACGCUGAGCCAGCUGACCAGCCUGGCACUCCUGUGGAACCACGGCGACAUGGCGGCGCCCGAGCUGGCGCAGCUGCAGCAGCAGGCGCGGCUGCGCGGCGGGCUGCUGGGCUCCGGCACCCGCAGCGCGCUGCCCCCAGCCUUCUCGCAGCUCAGCGCCCUGCGCCAGCUGGUCAUCCACGAGGCCAAGCUGGACAGCGCCAGCGUGGAGGCGCUGCGCCCGCUGGGCGCGCUCACCGUGCUGCGCCUGCCGCGCUGCCAGCUGCAAGGCCUGCCCGACGGGCCCUACCUGGCGGGCCUGAGCAGCCUGGAGAUCGGCCACAACCCUGGCCUGGACGAGGUGGUGCCCCACCAGGCCACCGCUGCCCGCGGCCUGCGCGCUCUGAAGACCCGGGUGCCGGCUCACUGGACCGUGGAGGAGGACUGGAGUGACCUGCAGAGGAGGCUCAACUGCCUGCCGUGCCUGCAGCUGCUGUGCCUGGAGGCGGCUCCCGGCUUGGAUGACGAAGAGUGGGAGGGGCUCAAGGAGCUGCUCAGGCCCUACCCUUUCGAGCUGCACGCCGACUGCUGCGCCCUCGACCUCCACCCAGAGUACAGCGGGCUGGCGGACUUCACAAUUGAGUCGGGCGCGGCCGAGCGCGUGUGCCGGCGCUGGCGACAGCUGGCGCUGGACCUGCCCGCCACGCUGUCGCUGUAUUUCUGUGAGCUGCACGAUGAUGACAGCGAGGAUGAAUCUGCGGGAGGAACCGCCGACCUCGCCGCCACUCUGGCCGCGCUGCACACGCUCCUGCCCGUCCUGGGCCGGCGCGCAAUCCACAGGAUUGUCGUGCUGGGGUGCACGGUGGCGAUGCCGCCGCAGGCGCCCGCGCUGCUGGCCCGCGCCCUGUUCCCGCAGCUGCGCAGGCGAGCUCUCACGCAUGCGGCCGCCUCGCGCUUGCUUGCCUGCCCACACAGACGGCGCCGUGCAGAGUGCAGAGCCUGGCGGCUACCAGCUUGCUUCAAGCCCCAUCCCUGCAGGCUGACGCUGAGCGGCAGCAGCCUGCUGCACUUCUCCUCCCUGCUGUCCCACUGCCGCCGCCUGGAGGAGCUCGACUUGCGCAUCCCCGGCCUGGAGAGCUCCGGUGCCGAGCUGCUGGGCAGCCACCUCAGCGGCCUGUCGCCCCGGCUGCAGCGCCUGGAGCUGACGCUCCACGAGGCACCCAGCCAGCUGCUGCAGUGCAUCCGCGAGCAUGUGCAGCCUGCGGCCAUGGCGCUGGCCACCCACGCCGGCCCCACGGCCGCCAUGUGGCUGCCGCAGCUGCGCAAGCUGUGCAUGCACCUGCGGAUCAGCACGCAUGUGGGCCUGUUCAACCAGGGCUUGCUGGCGCUGUCGCAGCUGGAGACGCUUUCGCUGGCAGACGUGCGGCCGGGCGUGGUGGGCAGCACGGCGGCCAGCCUGCCCAACCUGCAGCGCCUGCCGCGGCUGCGGGAGCUGGUGGUGGCGGGCAGCGUGCCCGCGGCCGCCUGGGCCUGCCCCCACCUCACCUCCCUGCUCUGCGGGUCGGCGGCGGGCAUGGUGCUGCCGCACCGCGCGCCCGUGCGCUGCACCGCCCUGCGCCAGCUCAUGCUCCGGGACUGCACCUUUGCCGGCGACUGCUCCCUGACCGCCCAGCUCGGCACGCUGGCCGCGCUGACCAGCCUGGCGGUACUGCACGUCCGAGACGGCGACCGCCAGCAGUGGCAGCUGCUGCACGGCGGCACCCUGGGCUCCGGCACGCGCAGCGCCCUGCCGCCCAGCUUCUCGCAGCUCAGGCGAGCGGCAGGCUGCUCAUGUGCAUGCCCGUUGGGCAGCAGUCCGGUUUUCAUUUCCUGCUUGAUCGCCCUGCGCCAGCUGGUCAUCCAGGAGGCCAAGCUGGACAGGGCCAGCGUGGAGGCGCUGCGCCCGCUGGGCGCGCUCACCGCGCUGUGCCUGCCGCGCUGCGAGCUGCUGUCCCUGCCCCUCCGGGCCCUACCUCGCGGGACUCCGCAGGUACGCCUGGACAUCUCAGGCAACUUGGCUCUCGACCAGGCGCUGCCCUUCCACGCAACCGCCGCGGGGCGGCGGCUGCGCGGCCUGCGCACAACCUUGCCGGAGGACUGGUCGGCGGCGCGGGACUGGCAGGACCUGGAGACCAAGCUCAACAGCCUGCCUUGUUUAGAGUUCCUCAUACUGCACUCGUCGGGGCCGGGGUUGAGCGAUGACCUCGAUGCGUACGAGGCAGCCAAGGAUCUGGUGGCCUCCAACUUCCGCAUCCCCCACUUCUGGCCCUGCCCAGGGGCCGAGCUGCCGGAGGAGCUCUCCGGGCUGGCCAUCUUCGACGGCUGA